AUGAGGUGGCGUGACACUUCGGUACCUCGUAGGGCACGCGAGGCAGUUGUGUCAGAAGUUGCCAUGAACGCCUCACAGGAACACCUCGAAAUCCCAAGAGUUGCCUUGGCAUCAUGGAACUUCCAAGAGGUCUCCACAUUCCUCUGUCUGUCUCUCUUUGUGCUGUUAGUCCUUCUAAUAAAAUACGCCUACCACAAGAUGAAAUGGGUCGCCGCGUACAUUCCCGAGUCCUUAAUUCUCAUCGUCAUCGGACUCAUUUUCGGCGCCAUCGUCUGGUACAUUCCAGACUUUGUCCCACACUUCAAGAAUGUGCGUCUGACACCAACUCUCUUCUUCAACAUCCUCCUUCCACCGAUCGUCUUGGAGGCCUCGUACAGUCUGUUCAACAGGACGUUCGCCGACUUCUUCAUUCCCAUCAUGCUGUUCGCGGUGGUUGGGACAGUGCUUAACUUUCUGAUCAUUGGUCUAGGCAUGUGGGGCAUAGACGUGCUCAUCGGGAUUGGUGGACCAACAAUCGACCUCUCCAUCAAAGAAUACCUCCUGUUCGCCUCACUCAUCGUCGCCGUGGACCCGGUCGCGGUGUUGGCCAUCUUCCAGGACAUUGGCGUUGACGCCGGUCUCUACUACAUGGUGUUUGGCGAGUCCUUGCUCAACGACGCAGUCACCGUGGUGCUGUACAACAUAAUGAGUGCCUUCGUUGCAGCCGACAACAUCUACACGGGCGAUAUCCUUAUUGGCGUUGGCUCAUUCUUCACGGUGAGUCUUGGCGGAGCACUGAUUGGUCUCCUUCACGGAAUUUUCUCGUGCCUAAUCACCCGACUAUCGGCAUUAUCCGGCGCCCUGCCACUUGUUUUAAUGAGCUACGUGGCGUACAUGGUGGGCGAUUUGUUUGGAUGGUCGGGCAUCAUCUCCAUGAUAGUCUGUGGUGUCUUCCAGGCCGCGUACGCCUUCCACAAUGUCGCCCCCUUGAAGGUGAUGAUGCUGAGGUCGGCUGUGGCCCAGCUGGCGUCCAUUUGCGAAGCCAUCAUUUUCCUGCUCCUGGGCCUUGAAGUUAUGGCAACGAACCUAACUUGGCAUACAGGAUUCGCCGUCAGUGCUGUCGUGAUGUGUCUGUUCGCGCGCACCAUCGUCACAUUCGUCCUUUCCGCAUGCAUCAAUCAUAACCGGCCAGCUCACUCGAAAAUACACUGGUCAGAGCAGAUUAUCAUUAGUUAUGGUGGUUUGCGGGGGGCUGUGGCCUUUUCCCUAGCUGUCCUCAUCAAGGCCAUGUUCUUGGGCAACCACGGGACUCAAGCGAGGGAUGUUCUACUCACGACAACCCUCGUCGUCAUCCUCUUCACCGUGGCGUUCAUGGGCGUGACCAUGAAGCCUCUGGUUCGUCUCCUGAAUAUCCGCCUGGCUUCGAAGAGUGAGAACAAACUACUGAUAACCCUGAACAAUUCUGUGAUGGAUCAAGCCUUGGUGUACGUCGAGACACUGAUCGGUGAGCAGGGGAGCCAUCGUCUGCGGAAGAUGCUGUACCACGUCGACGACAAGUACAUCAGGCCGUUCUUGCAGAAGGACGCCAUGAUACACAGUCAGAAAAUCGUCAAGGUGUACGAGAAGCUGGCCCUUGAAAUGCACACCGAAGCGAUGGAGUCGCGUGGAAAACUUGAAGCAACUGGAACCAAGGAGGACAGCAUGCAGACAAGCGGCGAUGCUCGAACACGUUCAUCAACUGUGCGUCCGCGUCUUCGACGUUUCCCAACCAGCGCUCUUGAAAUACUCAACGACGUUGAUGACGAAGUCGACGACGAGAUAUUUUUGCCAUCGGUGAGGUCCAAUAUGCCCACGUGUGUUAGAAGACGUGUCAACGUGGCGAGCAUGUAUCAGGGAGACAACUCGGAGGUGUACUCACCGCAUCGCAGCAUCUUCCAUCAGGCCAACGACGCGCAUUUCGCGCAGUACAGUCGAGGGCAGCAUCGUCUGUUGGAGGCGAUGACUGGACACAUUCACGACCAAUCAUCACGCUCCAAGGUGACCCACGCCCUAAGUGUUGACUCAGCCGCUGCGGACAUGAACUCGGAGAAGAGAAAGCACGGCAGGAAGUACAUGCGACAUCACACGGAGGCGCCAGGCUAUCGAGGGGGCUUAUCACCGCAUCACGAAGAAGAAGACUUGCUCGGCUCGGGAAGUGGCGGUCACCAUUUCUCGCGUGGUCAUAAAUCACCCACGUCGCCACAAACCACAGAUGUUUGA